GAAAUGGCCAAUCAUUCGUAUUUGAAAGAUCGGCUCGGUUUCGAUCCCGAUGAGCUAAUGAAUGAAGUUGAAGAGUUGUUUAACAAUGGUCCGGAAGAUGACGACUUUGAAUCGCCAUCACAUAAAAAAUUUAAAUCAUACAAACCAUCGCCAUCGUCAUCAGCAUCGCCCAUCAAAGAUAACAAAGAGUACGAAAACACUUUGAACAUCGUGAAAGAUGAACGUGAUGCGAUUCAAAAGAAAACAUUCACGAAAUGGAUCAACAAUCACCUUCGAAAGGCUGGCGGGAAAGUUACGGAUUUGUUUCAGGAUUUACGCGAUGGUCAGAGUUUGUUGACGCUGCUUGAAAUGCUUUCGAAUGAAAGACUUCCUCGAGAAAAAGGCAAAAUGCGCUUCCAUAUGUUGCAAAACGUUGACACAGCUUUAAGUUUCCUUAGACGAAAGAAUGUGAAACUUGUAAACAUCCGUCCCGACGACAUCACCGAUGGAAAUCCAAAGCUAACGUUAGGCUUAAUUUGGACGAUCAUUUUACACUUCCAACAUCGUAAAAGGGCUUUGCUGAAGCUGCAACAGUGUAAGCCAAGUUGUAGCGGUGAUGAAGAGAAGGACGACUUCUAUGAACAUAAAGUGACAAACAAAGCCGUUGAAUAUGAAGUGAAAUAUAAUUUGAAUGAUUCACCAAACCAUUUGGUACGAAAGACAAUGAAAUAUGAGGAAAUGUUAGCGAGUGAGAGUGGAAAUACUGUUGAUGAAGUUGACCAUGCUGGAAGUUAUCAAAAAACUCAACAGAUGUUACUCGAUUUCCCUUCGAUUGAACGAAACAAUCAGUCAAAGAUAUCAGACAUUAUGCUUGGCAAUGAUGAGAAUGUUUCAGCUCGUGAAGCAUUGUUGAGAUGGGCUAGAAAUACAACAGAAAAGUAUCCAGGCGUUCAUAUUACCGAUUUUACAACUUCAUGGCGUGAUGGUAUGGGAUUUUCAGCUUUAGUGCAUCGAAAUCGACCGGAUUUGAUUGAUUGGCGCAACAUUCGUGAAAUAAAAAAUCGUGAACGCUUAGAUCGAGUGUUUACAGUUAUGAGCAAUGAAUAUAAUGUUCCGAAACUUCUUGAUGCAUCUGAUGUUGACACACAUUCACCAGAUGAACGUAGUAUGAUUACAUACAUCAGUUCCAUUUAUAAUGUGUUCCCAAAACCACCAAAAAAUCAUCCAUUAGGUGAUAUGAGUUCACAAAAUCAAGCUCAAGAAUAUCGAACGGAAGCACAAAAGUUGAUGAUUUGGUGUCGUGAGAAAACGACAAUGUUACAAGAAAGAACUUUGGAUAGAAAUCUUCCUGAGUUGAGAAGACUUCUUGAUGACUUGAAGAAAUUGCGCAAUUUUGAAGUGCCUGAGAAACAAAAAGAUAAACAAAAAUUGACAGUUCUUUAUAGUCAGUUGGAGAGAUUUUUCCUGUCAACCGGUAAAUCGUCACUAGAACUUGACCUUCGUCCGGAAUCACUUGAAAUGUUUUGGUAUCGAUUGAUCACAGCCUUAGCUGACAAAGAACAUGAUUUACUCCUACACAUUCAACAAUUGCAACAACUCGAAAUGUUGGCAGGAAAAAUUGAACGCGAAGUUGAACAAUUCGAUCAGAAAAUCACGGACAUAUCAUACAGAAUCUCAAAUGAAAGUGCCAGAAUUGAUAAAGUUCACCGAUUGGAUGCGAGAAAUAUUAUUGAAUCAAUUGAGACAGAUGUGGCGUUACUUGAGAAGCCAAUCGAGCAAAUGCUUCAAGAUUGUCAUACUUUAAUUGAAGGAAAUCACGAGAAAGCGAAAGUCUUGUACGAAAGUUCAACACAAAUCAAUCAGAGAUACGCACAACUUAAGACAACAUUCCAUCUUCAAAUGUUAUCAAAAAUGUCACCAACACGUGACUUAAACAGUGGACGUAAUUUAGAAAACAAUCCUUACCUUCGUGAUGUUGAUCAAUUAAUUCGAUGGUGUCAAGAACGAUUGUCGGUUCUUUUACAAGCCACUUGGGGAUCAGAUUUGCGUUCAAUAACUCACGAAUUGGAAUCACAUCAAGCAGAACAUCGCACAAAUGAUCAAUUCCAUUCAAAAGUUCUUCAAGCUGAACGACAGAAGUCAAACUUAUCAGGUGAUGAGUCAAUUCUUUAUCAACAGUCAUUAAAUCAAUUGAAGAAAGUUUAUGCCGAGUUGUUGAGCUUGUCAACAAAACGUUUGUGUGAUCUUCAUGCACUUCAUGAUUUCAUCACCGUUGCUACUGAUGAACUUGAUUGGUUGGCAACGCAUGAAGAUAUUGAACUCAAUCGUGACUGGUCCGAUACAUCAAUGGAUUUGUCGACAUUAAAUCAUAAUUAUAAAUCAAUGGUAAGUGAGUACAAUGGAAGAGAACAGCAAAUCAGGGCAACGAUGGAGAAAGGUGAAGGUCUUGUUACUCAACAUCCCGCAUCGAAACUCGUCGCAAGCUACAUGCAAGAGAUUCAAGAGCAGAGAUCUUGGCUGUAUCAAUUAAUUCAUUGUUUUGAGAUUCAUUUUCGACAUCUUGCUGAAUUCCAAAACUUUUACAACGAUAUUAAUGAACAGAAAGAAUGGCUCGUCGCGAGAAAGGAAUUACUUGAAACAAAAUAUUCCGACAGUGAUUUUAAUCUCGAUCGCGGUGAGAUUUUAUUGCGUGGCAUGCAAACAAUCUUAGAUGAGUUAAAUCAAUUUGACACGAUCAUUGAGAAAUUAGCGAAACGGUCACAGUCGAUUGUUCCAUUAAAAGAGAGAAAGCAAAUAAUUCAUCAUAAAAAGUACGCGGUUCAAAGCUUGUGCACAUAUAAGCGAAAGAUUGUGUUGGAGAAAGGCGAAGUAGCUGAGUUGGUUGACGUUUCCGGAGGCGCUUAUUGGAGAGUCAGAACAAGCAAAGGUGAAAACACAAUUCCAAGUGCUGCUUUGAUGAUUCCACCGCCAAAUGACGAAACAAAUGAUUUGGUGAAGAAACUCAGAUUGUCACAACAGAAAAUGAUUGAACUUUGGCAAAAUAAACAAAUUCAUCUUCGACGAAAUAUGAUUCUUGCGACGAUAAGAGUCGUCAGAGAGUGGAGUUUCGAACAUUUCCUUGGCAUGGGAUUCGAGCAACGCAGCUCCAUUCGACGUGCUUUGAAUGAAGAUUCCGAUAAAGUUCUUGCUGAAUCAGAUCCAACUGAUCACCAACUUAAACGUCUCAAGCAAGAAAUGAUUGAAGUCAACCGAUUGUUUGAUGAAUUCGAGCGUCGCGCAAGUUCAGAAGAGGAAAGCAAACAAACGACUCAAGUGUUUAACGAGAAGUGCCUUUUGUUAUCAUCUCGUUUGGAAGUUUUAGCUAAAGAGCUUGAUGGCAUCAUCUUGUCACGUUUACCACAAGAUCGAAGUGCAUCUGAUGCAGCACUUGAGAUUAUUCUCGAUUUUAUUCGACGCUUAGGCUUUUUUGAUUCUGAUUUGAAGAACCUUAAAGAAACCUUCCGUGCUAUACCGCAGAAAACUCCCGCACAGAAAAAGAAUUUGGACAAUUUAACUGAACUUUACAAGGAACUUGUGACACAAGCAAACUUGCACAAGGAACGAUUGAAUCUUCUUGAAAGUACAUUACAUGGUCUUGUCAAGAACACUGACAUUGUUAAAGAUCUUGAGAAUGUUCUUGCCAGUCACAUUAUUAUGCCUUCGACAGUUGAAGGCUUGCGUGACCUUCUCAAGCAGCUUUCAUCCCUCCAGGAAAUUAUGAGCGAUAGUCAAUCGUCCAUGGAUAAAAUGAAUAAUUCCGCCAACAGUCUGGGACGAAUGGGAGUUCCAACAAAGAUCAUUGACGAUUUGAAAUCACUUCAUUCACGAGUUGAGCGUUUAAAUUCACGGUGGAACAAUAUCAAUGUUCAACUUGCUGACAGAGUGCAAAGCGUUGAAACAGCAAUUGGUUUGCUGAAAAACUUGCAAACUUCGUUGAUUCUCGAAGAGACGUGGGUGGAAACGCAAACUCAAAAGUUGAAAUUACUGCCGACCGUCAGUCAUGCUUUGGACUUGGAUAGUCUUCUGACGGAAACUGUCGCACGAGGAAAUAAUCAAAUAAGCGAUACUAACCUUUGUGGUGGCAAACUGAUACACGUUUCAGAGAGCUUCAAGACGAAGUGUUUUGAAUUCAAUGACUCAGUCAAAGAUGUCCACGAGACAGCACCAGAAGUUCAGCUUUAUAAACCAGAAAUCAGCGAUAUUUAUGGUGGUCUACUAGAUGAUCUUAAUACCAAAUAUGAACGGUUAUUGUCACUUUUUCAACUUCACCUCGAUAGCAUCAAAGACGCUGAAGUUCGAAAGUCGAAUAGCGCUAAAAUGGAUAAGCAUGAAUACAAUUUCGCAUUCGAGUUCAGGCGUUUUGCUGAGAGUUUACGUAAACCUGUGAAAACUUUCAGGCGUAGCUCCACGCAAGAGGUUGUGGUUGAAGAGUUGGAACAAGAAGUGGCAACAAAAGCAAAUGAUCCGUUAAAGGAAGAUAAACAAUUGCUGUGGAAACUUUUGAAUCUUCUUGCAAUCAAAGAUCCAAAAACCGGAAAUUUGGUAACCGUUCAUCAAGCUAUAAAGUUGAAGAUUUUCGAUGCAAAUGAAGCAAAAAUUGUUGUUAACGAAGGGCAAGAUCCAUUGAGUCUUGACGAAGCUCUCAAAAGAAACGUCAUCGACACAAAGUUGUAUGAUAAUUUGAAAUCGUUACACGAUCUCUCAAAGAAGUAUGAAAUCAAUCUCAAUGAUGAUGAUGAUGAUGAUCUUGAUUUAGAUGGGUCAAAGAAGCGAGUGAAGGUAAUAGAAAUUAAUAAAAAUGGUGCAAAGAGUAUCACACAGGCGACAGCCGAAGGAACAGUCGAUUCGGCAACUGGUCUGUAUCGAUUAAGCAAUGGAUCAUAUAUCACAAUCACUGAAGCCUACAAUCACGGCUAUUUGAUUCAAAAUGAAACUGUUAAGAUCAAGUCAACUCCUAUGAGCUUCUCAGAUGCGUUAGCUCGUGGAUUAUUCGAUGAUCAUGGAUAUUUUACAGAUCGCAAUUCGGGCGUCAAACAUCAAUUGCAUUCGGCAAUCGCGAACAAUUUAAUUCUUGGUAAAUUACGCGAAGUCGUUGACAUAAAGAGUGACGAAAAACUUACAGUCAAUCGUGCGCUUUCAAUUGGAAUGCUUGACUCACAAAAUGGUAUGUUUAAGAAUUCACUGUCAAAUGAGAAUUGUACUUUUAAUAAUGCGUUCAAUAGUCAUUUGAUAAGCAAGCCAUUGACAUUUAAAGAUCUUGUCGAUUUAGAAUUGAUCAAAGACGGUAAAAUUCUUUCACCAACAUUCACCAAAUGGUUGUCGAUUAAAGAUGCUAUCGACGCCGGUGUUUUAGAUUACGAUAAUCUCCGAUGCGUGACAAAAGAAAAAGGAAGUCUCUUAACAUUAUCCGAGGCUAUUGAUGGUGGAAUAAUUUCCUUAAAUGGCGUUUACAAAGACGUCGUUACAGACGAAACAUUAUCCAUUAAACAAGCCGUUGAGCGCGGUCUUAUUUCUUCGGUUUCUCAGAAAUCAAUCUUUGAUAUCGAUGGAUUUAAAGAUCCAAAAGAAGAAACUUUCGUGUCUUUCAAUUCUGCCUUUAAAAAACGUUUCUUGCGACGCGAUGAUAAAAGAUUUAUUAUCGUUUCAAGCGAUCAUCAUUUCCUUACUUUAGAAGAAGGUCUUGAUGCGGGCUUAGUCCGUCCCGAAGUCUUUUCAAUGCUUACACGACACAUUGGCGUGUUCGACAACGAGAAAAAUGAAUUGCGUGUUGUUGAUUUAGUUUUGUUUAAACUUAUUGAUCCAAUUAGUGGAUAUUUGCUUCACCCACAAACAGGAAAGCAAAUUCCUUUAGAUGACGCAAUCGCUGAACAAAUGAUAACAUCUGAAGGUGCUUUGCUUUUAAGCAGCUUAUUGAGUAUCACUUUGACAACUGAAACAAUCACAAAAACCAUCAAGCGUUAUGUCACCAUCAGAGAUAAUUCAACUCACGAGGGAAAUGGUCAAACUUCAUAUUCUGAAGCUGUCCAAAGAGGUCUCAUUUCAAUUGAUAAUCAAAGCUAUCAUCAACCAGAUGAAAAUCAGUUUUAUUUGGUUCAAGAUGCUUUAAACACUGAUCGAGUUUUAGGUGAUACGGAAGUGAUUAAUGGCACACCAAGAAAAGCUACAAUAACUAUCGUAAAGAAAACUUUUUCUCCAACUUUCAAUCAAAGCUCAUCAUCGAAUGUUAUCACACAAUCGUCAACUGCCGAACGUCAACCCGAACAAAAAUCAAUGAUUAAAAUUCUUAAAAAGAUGCAGAAGAAAGUCAUUGGUUUGAGUGACGCAUUGCACAUGGGAUUGAUAAAUGAUGAAACUUAUGAAUUGCUUGAGAAUAACGUGACAUUUGUUAACAAUCCAGAUUCAUUUUUAAAGAGUAAAAAAUAUAAAGUUAAAGAUCCCCAAUCAGGCGUUAAUCUCACGCUUGAAGAAGCAAUUGAGCGUGAAAUUAUCAAUCCAAAUAACAUAACGAAAUUUUACAUUCCAUUUUGUAAAAGUCUCACCAUUCCCCAACUUUACGAACGUGAUUUAUUAGACGUUGAUAGUCAGUUGAUAAUUCAUCCCGAGACAGGCGAUUUACUGACAAUCAACGAAGCGAUUGCGUGUGAUAUUGUUGAUAGACAUUCACUAAUUAAGAACGAUAAAAAGCAUAAAAUCACUCUUAAAGAUGCGUUGAAAAGUGAUUAUCUUGAUGGACAACUGGCGAUCGUCAGAACAAAAAAAGGCGACUUGAGUUUGAAGAGCGCACUUGACCGUGGACUAUUCUUAGAACCAGAAAGACAAGAGAAACAAAAAGACAAGAAGCAAACAUAUCCAGAAAUUCCACUCAUCGGACAAAUUUUCCCAGUCAUUGUUAAAAGAAAUCUUUUCGAUUCUGUCAAACAUGAAGUCAUUAAUAAAAUAUCAGGCAGAAGAAUUCCAAUUAAAGAUGCAAUUGAAACUGAUUAUGUCAUGUCAGUACCAUGCACACCGAAUGCAGAAGAAAUUUCAAUUGUUGAUGCUUUGAAUCGAAAUAUUAUUGACAUUGAAAAUCAAUCAUUUAGAACUCUUCGUACUGGUGAAGUCAUGCCACUUAUGGAAGCACACAAUCAAGGUUAUUUGAUUGCAAAACCAUUGCAUGCAAUAAUUUCACAUGAAUCGUUGAAGCAAACUCAAGUUCAGAAAGAUGUGAAGAAUGUUUCUCACACUGUUAAGACGAAAAGUGUUGACAUUCUUGAUGGAUGGACAAUGGUGUCAGUAAAUGAAAUCAUUAACAACAAAACUGGUGAAGUUGUUACACUUGAUGAUGCAAAAGAUAAAGGAAUUGCUAUUGAAAGAGUUGAAGUUAAUCAAUUUACGACAUCGAGCACUGAAGACGUCACUCCGAUUGAAACAAAACCAGAAACAAAGACAGGAAAUAUUUCUCAGGUCACUGUUUGGUUUGAUCCAAACGACUCACAGAAAUCAAUGGAACCAGACACUUCUGAAUUUGUUGAUUCUGUUUCUGAGACAUCGCAAACUACGUCAACGUCUCAUGUGACGAUAAAGAAAAUUACAACAGUAAAGAAAAUUCUCGUUGAUGAGAAUGGAAAGGAAAUCGUACAAGAAGUUUCUGAAAUUCCUGAAACCUUCGAAAGAAUCAGUGAAAGUACAUUGCCAGCUGAUGAUAAGGAGUUUGAAGAUAUCAUUUCGAAGUUACGUGAAGAAAAUCCUGAGUUUGAUGAUUUGAAUCAAGAAGAAUUUGUCACAAGAACAGUGAACAAUGAAACUGUCAUCACGAAGAUUGUCAAAGAGUACAAUGUUGUGAAGAAUGAAACUGAGACGUUGACAACAUCUUGGCAAGGAGAUGAAAGCAUCGAUGAAGGAAUUGAAGCACAAGAAAUUGUCAAUGAACCAGAAAUGAUUCGAAUUGUGAAAGAAACAAGUCCAAAAGUUGAUGAGACAACAACUGUUGAACAACUUCCAGAUGCUGAAAAGAAAACGAUCGUCAUCACCACAACUCGUGUCAUUAAAACAAAGGAUGAUGACAAACCAUCACAUGAAGAUAUUCCGAAACCUGAAGUGGUUGAAGAUUUCACAAGAGAAGUUUCACCUGGAAGAACGAAAACAAUCAUCACAUCAACAAUUCAAUCAGUUAGCGAGAAAGUGCCAGAAGAAGUGGCACCAAAACCUGCUAAAGAAUUCAAGGAACCUGAAAAUCGUCAACCGAAGAAGAAAAAUGUAACUGAUUUGACUGUGAGAUUCUUAGAUGGUGAAAGAAAUCAAGAACCUCCAGUGCCAGCUCCAAGAGGUAAGAAAACAAAACCAAGUGAGGUGCCACAAGACGUUGCGGAUGUGUCUGUUGAACCUCAAACUGCCACAAUUCAACAUGUUACAAAAACAGUUAUCAUUACAAAAACUGCUCAAGAUGAUGGUCAAAUGUCGUCACCACAACCUAAAAAUGAGAAUGAUGACGCAAAUUCGAAGCAUUUAGAGAAGAUUGUUGUGUCUACUCUUCAACGAAAUAAAGAUGAUGAUGAUGAUUCGACACAAAAGCCUGAAAAAAUUGUUGAAACUGAAGAAAAAGUCAUCGAGCCAUUGAAGUCAGCUGAAGAUGAUUCAAUUCCUAAGACAAAACAAGGAAAAAUUACCACAACAAUUAUCACAACAAAGAUUCUUGAACCAAGUCAAGUUGAAACUGUUACUAUGACCCAAGAUUCAACUCUCAUUCAAUCUCCAUCAAGUAGAGAAACAUCACCGCUAAGUGGACCAAAAAGUCCAUCUGAUCUCGUCAAAGUUAAGCAAUUCACAGUUGCUGAGAACAUCAUUGAAGUGAUUCCAUUACGUGAUGCAAUUAAAAAAGGAAAAAUUGAACCGAAAAUUUGUCGCGUUAUGGAUAAUGGAAAUGAACUUCCUUUGACAGUUCAUGAUGCAUUGAAAGCGAAAGAGCUUUCACCAACCGAUGUUGUGCAAAUUAUUUCAAGUCAUGUUGUGGUGUUGAUGCGUGACACACCCAAAGCUUAUCUUUUGAAUUUACGAGAGAACUUUAAUGAACCAAAACUUAAAGAAAUUGGUCUUUACGAUAAGAACGUUCCAUGCUUUGUCGAUCCAUGGACAGGCAAUCAAAUCUCCUUCCAAUAUUUGAUUUUCAAUUUGGAUGUUUUAGAUCCAUCGGUUUAUGUAAAAGAUCAAAAACUUGAAAAUUAUCUUCCACUGCAACAUGCAUUUGAAAAGAAAUUAAUCGAUCCACACCUUGGAACCGUCGUUGACACACGAACGGGUGAAAAAAUUCCAAUCUUUGAAGCAGUCGAUAGAAAACUUGUUAUUCAACGUACACCUAAUGAAAUGAGAAUUAUUAAACGACCAUCGACUAUUGACGAUUUACAACGUAAUGGAACCAUUAACUUUGAGACAGAUGAAGUCAUCAUUAAUAAUGAAAAUCUGAGCUUAGUCGAAGCUUUACGUAAAGGCGCUCUCGACCCAGACACAAUUUCUAUUCGCGACCCUGCAACUGGUGACAUUCUCGGUUAUAAAUAUGCUGUUGAUCGUGGAAUUGUCGAUGUUAAUCGUGGUGUUAUCAUUAAUCGAUUAACACUUGAACAGAUUCUUAUCAUUAUAGCAUAUCGUCGUGGAUAUUUCCUAAUUGGAAAACUUCAACCAAUUUCUUUGAAUGCUGCUAUAAACUCAGGACUUUAUGAUAAGAAAACAAACAAGAUAAGAAAUCCAACAACUAAUGAACUUUUGUCACUUGGUGAUGCCAUUUCUUAUGGCUUAAUCGAUCCUAAACUCACAGAUGUUAAGAAUACUAAAAGUAAUUCCUUCCUUCCACUUAAGGAAGCAAUUGAGUACAAUCUAGUCGAUCCAAAAGCGAGCAUGAUUACCAAUAAGAAAUCAUCUGUUCCAUUAGAUAAGGCAGUGAAAGAAAAGUUAAUUUUCAAUCGAACUGAACCAUUUGAUCUUGCUGAAAUUAUUUCAAGAAAUUAUUACGAUCCACAAACGGGUAAAAUUUUAAAUCCUUACACUAAUAAAUACAUCACAAUAAAAGAAGCGAUCAAUCUGAAAAUAAUUAAGCUUCAAUAUAUUCGAAUCUAUGAUGUGAUGGAAGAUCGCGUGUUUACAGUUGAUGAAGCAAUCAAAAAUGGUUUGCUUGAUGAUCAGAAAGGAAUAAUAACGAGACCGAAAAUGACUUUGGAUAAAGCAUUUUUACAACGAAUUUUAAUCAGUUUUAAUGGACCAUUAUCACUUCCCAGUGCGCUUAACUGUAACUUAUUCAAUACUGAAACAAGAAAAUUCAAUUUUGAUGAUAAAAAUCUCAAUUUGGGCGAAGCAAUUGAACAUAAUAAGAUUGCUGGUAAUGAACUUGUUCUUUAUGAUCCAAAUCGUCGCAAACUUUCAACGCUCAAUGAUGCAAUCACUGCUGGAUUUUUGGAUCCCGUUGAAAGUGUUAUUGUCGAUACUUUAAAUAACAAAGAAGUUCCAAUCGAUGAUGCAAUGGAUCAAGGUUUACUAGUUAGAUCUCGUUCCGACGUUAACUUACGUGAUGCAGUCUUUGAUGGACUUUACGAUCCUGAAACAGGUUCAUUCAGCAAUGUCACUUCUAAUGAAAAACUUCCACUUGAAUCAGCAAUCAAUCGUAAUGUUAUCGAUGUUAAAUCAACAGUUGUGAACAUCAACAAUGUGACAUUAGAUUUUGAGCAAGCCAUUGAACAAGGUUUAAUUGAUCCAGAAAAUGCGAUUGUGAAAACGAAAUCUGGCGACAAUCUGAACUUGAUUGAAGCAUUCGACCAAGGAAUAUUGAACACAAUUUCAAAACCUGUAAGAUUACAUGAAGCUGUCAUAAAGAACCUUUAUGAUGAAACGAAUGGAUUGUUCACCGAUCCAGAAUCACGAGAGAAGAUUACAAUUCAAGAAAGUUUGCAAGAAAGUUUAAUCGAUCCAAAUUCAAUUCAAAUUCAAGAUCCCGGCAGUAAAUCUUAUUUGUCAAUUUCCAUUAAUUUUGCUAUCCAAACUGGGUUGAUAAAUGGUAAAGACGGUCAUGUUAAUUAUGAUAAUAAAGUUUAUUCACUCAGAGAAGCUUUUGAUCUUGGAAUUUUAAUUGAUAGUAAAGGGCCGGUUAGCAUUCAAAGAACGAUUCAUCAAGGAACGUUCAAUGAUGAGUUGGGAAGAGUUGUCGAUCCAUUUAGUAACAAAAACAUUACAAUUCAUGAAGCGAUGAGAAAGUUUGUUGUAAACCCACAUUUGCCUUGUUAUUUUGAUGAAGAAAAAGGCAAAGUUUUGUCACUUAAUGACACAUGCAAACAUAAAAUAAUUGAUCGAUAUCAAGGCAUCUUCACAACUCCCCAUUCGGGUGAGAAACUCACAUUAAGUGAAGCUAUGAAACUCGGUUGGAUUAUUGACAUUGAAAGUGGAAACUUCUCUCUUUAUAAGAUUCUUUUAAUGCGUAUGGUGAAUUAUAAAACCGGUAAAUUUAUUCAUCCUGUGACGGGUCGUCAGUUGACAUCGAAUCAAGCAAUCGAGCAAGAACUUAUUGACCCAAGAUCGUCACUUGUUAAAAAUAGAAAUGGAAAAUUUAUCAACCUAGUCGAUGCACUUCGGUUUGGUGUUGUUGAUGGUGACAAAAAUCUUUAUUGGGUAACUGAGAGUCAAUCAAUUCCAUUAGCAGAAGCGCUUAACAAAGGAUUAAUUGUUUCAAAUGAGAAGCCAUAUUCGCUUCAGAAUUUAAUUGAAAUGUGCCUUUACAGACCUGAUACUGGAAAGGUUAUCGAUCCAAAUACAAACACUUAUUACGAUCUUAAAUCGGGUCUUGAUGCUAAUUUAAUCGACGACAAUGCGACACAGUUCAAAAAUAUUUUGACUAAGAAAGUUAAGCCUUUAUCUGAAGCGAUUACUGAUGGCGACAUCAACGUCGCAAAGGGAAGAGUCUUUGAUCAAAAGUCGGGUUCGUCAUUUAAUUACGAUGUUGCAUUUGACAGAGGUAUGCUUAUCAAUGUCCCACGUGGUAUUGCAAUGCAAAAGAAAGAAGUUGUCGAAGUCAUAUCACCAAUUAAGAUUGAAGUUGUUGAUACAAGUAAGCCACGUGAAAUGACUUUAGAUGAAGCGAUUAAUUCUGGCAUUCUAAAUACUGAAACUGCUUUUGUGAAAGAUCCAAAAACCGGUCGAUUUAUUUUGCUGCGCCUUUAUAUUGAAAAAUAUCAAAUUAAUUUGAAGAAUAAAUCUCUUGUUGAUCCCAAAUCGUCAUUCUUUACGUUUGGACCGCAAUGUGUCGUUUAUACUCGCGAACCGAAAUCGUUUGAUGAUGUCAUUGAGUCGAAGCAAUUGAAUUUGACAACUGGUAAAGUUGCUGAUCCGGAAAGUGAUGAUAGAAAAGAUCGAACGAUACAAGAAGCAAUCGAUGAUGGAAUUUUAGAUCCAGAUACAAUUUUAUUGAAAGAUGGAGCUAAAAAUAGGCUGCUUCGUGUUGAUGAAGCAAUAAGAAAAGGUUUACUUGACCCUGAGAGAUCACAUGUCGUUGAUACAACAUCGUCGAAACUUUUCAAUUUGGAAAACGCUUUGCAAGAAGGAAUUUUGAAGACACCAAAAGCUAGAUUUGAUUUACUUGAAGCCCUUCAAUUCAACUUAUAUGAUCCAACGAACGGACAUUUUGCUGAUCCAUUUGCACCAGAAGUUGAAGAUAAAAAAGUGAAAGCUAACAUUACCUUCGAGGAAGCUUUAUCAAAGGGACUUAUCGACACUUCAACAACAAUGGUUCGUACGUCGAGUGAUAGCGAAAUUAUUCCCAUAUCAUCUGCUAUUGCUUCUGGAAUCAUCGAUCCUAUCAAAGGAUCACUCAAUAUCAAAACAAAAGAUAAUCAAGUCGAUACAAUUGACUUCGUUAAAGCCAAGGAACUCAAUUUAUUAGUUCCAGCUGGCGCAAGGCAAGCAGUUGUUGAGAGAUUCGCAUUGUGUGAAGAAAAUAUUUCAAUUCUUUUGAAAUGGAUUAAUGACAUUGAGCAGAGAAUUUCAAAGAUUGGAGGACCACAAGAAGAAUUUGAGGAAUUGCAAACGCAGAUAUCUACAUUGAGGCAAAUCAAAAAUGACAUCGAUUUACAAACAAGACCAGUUGCUUCGUGCCUAGAACAAGUUCGUCAACUUGUAUUGACAAGUGGAAAUGUUUUGUCAACUGCUGAAGUUACCACCUUAGAGAACUCCGGUCGUCAAUUGAGAUUCCGUGUUGAUCGUGCUAAUGAUUGCACAGCUAAAUUAAUUAAACAUCUUCAAAACAGUUUCGAUGAACUUGAAAAGCUUCAAGCUGAAAUGCAUGAUUUCCAUCGUGGAUUGCAAUCAGCACAGCAAGCACUUGAAAGUGAAUAUUCUCUUCUUUCUGAUCUUAAUCAACUGCCAGCAAUGACAAAUCGAAUCAAAGAUUUACAAAAAGAUCUCAUUGCUCAUCAAGCUGAUUUACGAUUCAUCACAAUAUCGACACAAAAGUUCGUUGAUGAAGGCAAAGAUUAUCUUGGAGUUCUCAACGAUUUAAGAUUUUCGCUACCCGAGAGAUUACCAAACAUCGAACCAAUUCCCAGCUUCAAGAGUCCCGUUCGACAAUCGGUGUCUGACUUACAACAACGUUACAACGAUUUACUCGAACAAAUGAAUGCCUUUGCCGAUCGGCUUAACGCUAUUCGAGAAUCUUAUCGUUUAUACAAUGAAAGUUUACAAAAGGCAAGCAAUUGGUUGAGUGAUGUUCAAAUUCGUGUCUCAAAUGUCAUCGCACAUCCUGUUGGUACCGACAUCGAAACGAUUCAAGAACAAUCAAACAUGGCGAAAUCUUUGUUCAAUGAAUUCCUUGCCAAUGGAAAAUUAAUUGACGGUCUUCAACAUAAUUUGAAUAGUUUAGUUGGUGCCUUGUCAGGUGUUACAACACCUUCCCAAGUCAAUUCUCUUGAAACUCCCGUUGAACAAAUCAAAAACGAUUACAAAAAACUUCUCGAUGCUGUUGACAAUCGAUGCAAAAUGCUUGAGGUUGCCUUCAUUCAAGCACAAAGUGUUCAAGAUGCUCUUGACAAUUUAAUUGCACACAUGAAACAAACAGAAGAUAAAAUUCAUCUUCAUACUGGCCCAGCGUCGUUGAUCGUUGAGAAACUUUUAGAACAAAUUCGUGAACAUCAAUUUAUUCUAUCAGAUUUAGAAAGUCAUCGAACAAGCUUGAAUAGUGUCACCGAUUCAGCUAAAGAUCUUCUUAAAGUUCCAUCGAAUGCUAAGCUAGCGAAGGUCAUUGAAUCGAAACUGAAGAGUGUCACUGACAACUACGGAAGAUUAAGCGACAAAACAAACGCUUAUAACGACUUCUUGGAAUCAAUUCUCAAAAAAGUAACAAAAUUCGAUGGUGAUUCAAAUCUUGUUGAACGAGAAUUAAAACAACUUCAAGAAUUGUCAAAUGUCGAAGAGAAAUCCAUUGAAAUUCUUAUGAAAUAUCUUCAAGACAUUGAACAAAACCGAAGAAAGAUUCAACCAGCUUAUGAAGAUUGUGUUUAUCUUGGAAAAGAUCUUAUUGAUAGAAAAGAUGUCACCGACACUUAUGUUGUUCGUGAUAAAGUGAAACGUCUUCAAGCAAUGUGGGAUAGUCUCGGUUUACGUUUGAAUGACAAAUUGAAGUUGACAAAACAGAAAGCAGAGAAACUUGCAGCGUUUGAAUUAUCGAGAACAGAAAUUCUUUUGUGGUUGACACAAAUGGAAAGAAGAACGUCAGAUUUCGAGCCCGUUGCAUUGGAUUUGAGUGUCAUUCGUAAUCAAUCAGAUGAACACAAGUUAUUGGUGAAUGAAUAUAAAGAUUUCCAUAAAGUUAUUCAACGAAUCAAUAACAUCAGCGCAGAAUAUGAUUCACUUGUUAGAUCAUCAAGUCCAACAUCGAAUGCUGUUGACCGUCAAGAUUUAACAGAUUUGACAUCGAUUCAACAAGAAAUGCUUGAGAUUAAUAAUCGUUACAGUUUCAUUGGUGUGAAGCUUAAUGAUCGACAAAAAGAUUUGGACGAAACCCGAGCAGCUGUUCAACGUCAAAAGGAAAAUCUCGAUUUCUUGAAUUCAUUCUUGAAUAAAUUGGAGAAAGAUUUGCCAAAAUAUAAUCUCACAGUUCGUGAAAAUGCUGAAAAAUGUAUCAAACACGUUCGUCGACAACAGGAUGAAAUGUUUGAGAAGCAAAGCACUUUGGAAUCGACAAAAAGCCAAACUCGAGAAUUGUUACAAAGUAAACCGAAUGUGCCUGGUGCUGACAAUCUUCGUAAUGACCUAGAAGCUUUAUUAGCUCGUUGGCAACGACUUGCUGAUCUUCUUAAAGAAGCGGCAAAUUAUUCUGAGAAAUCUUUGGACUUCUUGGAAACUUACGAUUUGCUUUACAAUUGGUUGGUAUCGAAAGAGAAACUUUUGUCAGUUUUGGGACCAAUUUCAUCAGACGCCCGAACAGUUCGAAGCCAAAUGCAACAAGUUUCAGUGUUGAGAGAUGAAUUUAAAUCUCAACGAACACAACUUGAAUAUUUGAGAGAUUCUGGUAAUGGUCUGGUUCAUCAUUUCAAAGAGCAUUCACAAGAAGGCAAAUCAAUUUCCAAUAAAAUGAAUGAAAUCGAAAAGAAAUGGAAUGAAUUGUCGGAACAACUUGACGAUCGUUAUCGAAGUUUGAAUGAAGUUGCUGAUACAUCAAAAGAAUUCGAAGCAAGUUUGAAUAGAUUGAGAGAAAAUCUACAACAAAUAAGUGACGCACUUGAUAAUCUUCCAAGAGGAAGUGACUUUGAAGGAAGAUUGCAAAAAAUUACGCAAUUGGAGAGACAAUUGGAAGGUCAACGUCCGCUUCUUGCUGAUGCUGAAGCAACAGCAGCUUCACUUGUAAAUGUCAUCAGUGAUCCAAAAUCAGCUGCUGACAUCACAGCGAAAGUUCAAGCACUUGGCAAACAAUAUUUGGCUCUACAAAAGAAGCUUGACAACAUCAAAGCUGAAAAUGAAGCCGGCCUUAAAGACAAACGUCAAUUCUUGGAGAAUUGUGUAAAAACAGUUGGUUGGAUUAACAGUAAACUUUCCAACUUCUCAUCGCCGCUUCUUGUGUCAGCACAUAAACCAACUUUGCUUUAUCAAAUUGAAACUCACGAGCCAAUUUACCGUGAAGUUAUGUCAAAGGAAUAUGAGAUCAUUAUGCUUUUGAAUCGUGGUAAGGAACUUCAAGAUAAACUCGGCGACGAUGCUAAAGAUCUUGAAAAGAUCAACAAUCAAUGGAUUCGAUUGAAAGAAGAAGCACAAGAUCGUCAAAAUCGAUUGCAGAAAGCACAAGAUUUGUAUAAAAAUUAUGAGAAAACUUCGAGCGUUUUCUUGCAAUGGUUGAGCAAUGCUGAACGUGACCUCAGCAGUUUCAAACCUGGUGUGCUCGUAAAGAAAGAUCUUGAUCGUGAAAUACGCGAAGUUCAAACAUUACGCAAUGAAGUGUUGAAGAAAUCUUCGGACUACGAUAAGAGUCAAAACCUUUGCAGUAAUUUCUUGAAUGUUUGCGAUGUUGACAAAGACACUUUGAUGAAUGAAAUGCAAACAACAAAACAACGUUGGGAUGAACUUAACCGCCUUAUCAACCUAAAGCUUGAAAAGAUUGCAGGAAUUAUUGAUAAAGUGAUGGAUUUCACUGAUCAAUUCCGUCAACUCAGCACUCUAGUUCAAAGGAACGAAGACGCUUUCGAUUCUCUUGAACGAAUUCAUGGACCAAAUGCUGGCCGUGAUCCAAGAUCAUUGGAGAAAAUAAAGACAAUUAAAGAUGACAAUGCGGAACUUAAGAAGAACUUCCAAAAUCUUCGUAUUAUGGUUGAAAAUAUUGUCGCUGAAACACGACCAGCUGGUUAUAAUGGUGACAAUCUCUAUGCUGAUCUUGAAGGAUUAUCUGAUCGAAUUCUGACACUUCAAUCACGCCUUGAUGAACGUUUCAAUGAUUUACAAGUUGCUUCAAAUGCCAUCGCGAAAUUCAAUGAAAAUAUUAAUCUAUUGACAGUUGAUUUGACAUCAUUGGAGAACGAAGUUGACGGCUUAACACCAGCGGGACGUGAAGUUAAACUGGUGAAAAAUCAAGUUGACACUGCCAAGAAUCUUCUCUUUAAAAUCGACGAUGUAAGCAAGAAAAUCAAUGAGAUUGAAGCGACGGGAGAAGCAAUGAUUGAAAAAGGAUUUGUUAGUCGUCCAUCGGAAGUUCACGAGCCAUUAGAUGGAGUAAAACGUCGAAGAUCACGUCUUGAAAAUCGUACAAAAGAUUAUCUUGAAGCUGUUCAAAAAACUCUCAACAUUCUCAUUAAAUUCUACGAAGAUUAUGAUGUCGCUUUGAAUGACAUUUCCCAAAUCGAUUAUGACUUGAAGAAAAUCAAAUCAGUUGGCUCGGAAGCUCAACAAAUUCGUUUACAACAACAGGAAUUCCAACAAUUUAGAAAAGAAGUUGUUGAUCCAAUGGAUAGGAAGAUUGCAAGUCUCAACGAUCUUGGUAAAGAUUUGAUAAGAUCAGCACAUGAAAAUGUCUCAACAUCAGCUUUGGAGAGCGAUUUAGAGAAAAUCAUUGAAAAAUGGAGUGAAAUUAAGUCACGUGUUGCAGAACGUGACAGAAAACUCGAUCAAGCUUUGUUGCAAACUGGAAAGUUCCAAGACGCUUUGCAAGGGCUUUUGAGAUGGUUGAACGAUUCGGAAGAAAUGAUGCAGAAUCAAAAGCCUCCAAAUAUCGACUACAAGGUUGUCAAAGCACAACUUCAAGAGCAGAAGUUUAUGAUGAAAAUGAUUGGUGACAAUCAAAACUCAAUUUCAUCGCUCGUUCAAUUGGGAGAAGAAGUCGCUAAAGGUUGCGAUCCAAGUGAGAAAAUCAACAUUGAAAUGCAAUUGAAAGAUCUUACGAAUCGUUUUGAUCAUCUCAAAAAUAAAGCUGGUGACCGAACAAGAUUAUUGGAAAAUGCUGUUGAUGUUGCGAAGCAAUUACAAGAUCAACUCGCUCCAUUGACGAUAUUCUUGGAUCGUUCUGAGAAGACUCUUCGUGGUCUUGAGAACAUUCCAAGCGAUGAAGAUAAAAUUCAACAAAACAUCUACGAACAUGAUCGUUUGCAUAAAGAAAUCGUUGGAAAAGAACCAGAAGUGUCAGCAUUGUCAGCAUUGAAAGUCAACAUUCGAAAGAUUUUCGAACCAGAAGAAUCGGAAAUUGCUAAUGAAAAGAUUGAUAACAUCAGCGAUCGUUACAAGAUGCUUCGUGAUGAUUCGGAGCGUCUUGGAAUGUUGUUGAAUAAGACAAAACAAGAAAUGCGUCACUUUACACUCGCUUUUGGUGAUUUACUCGCAUGGUGCGAUAAACAAGAAAGAAUUCUUACUCAAUAUAAGAAUAUUUCAGUUCAUGUUGAUGUCAUCAAUGAGCAAAUUGAAAAGCUUCAAGCAAUCAACGAUGAAGCAAGGAAUAAAGAAGAUACAAUUCAAACAACAAUUGAUGUUGGAAAUGAACUUAUGCGAACAAUCUCGCAAGAGGAAGCUUUCAAGUUGAAAGAGAAACUUGAUUCAUUGGGACGACGAUUCGUUGAGAUUUGCAACAAAGCUGGUGAAUAUUUGAACAAUGCCAGAGAUGGUCUCGCACUUGCACAAGACUUCCAUGGAGCUCACAAUCGAUUAGUAAAUUGGAUGCAAAAUGCUGAAACAAUUCUUGUUGGCAGUGCUGCAAGUGAAGUUGAGAUUCUCACUUUGGAAAGUGAUUUGCCAAAAAUGCGAAGUGAAUUGGAAACAAUCAAUUCACUUGGACCUCAACUUGCCCAAUUGUCAUCGGAAGAAGGUGGUGCGACUUUGGAAGGAAUCAUCACAAGAGAUAAUCGAAGAUUUGAUGCAAUUGUUGAGCAAAUUCAAAGGAAAGCUGAACGUUUACAAAUCAUUCAACAACGUUCUAAAGAAAUUAAUGUUGAUCUUGAUGAACUAUUGCAAUGGUUCCGUGACACUGAAAAUAAUCUUAAAGAUGCGUCACCACCAUCAAUUCAACCGAAAGUUGUCAAGAACCAACUGCUUGAUCAUCGAGUUUUAAAUGACAGCAUUUCAAGCCAAAAGGGUCGUGUUCGUGAAGUGACAUCAUCAGCUAAGAAACUCAUUCGUGAGUUGCAAUCAAGCAAUGACAAUCUCGAUGUCAUCCGAGAGAAACUUGAAUAUCUCAAAGAUAUCGUCGAGUCAGUGACAAAUCUUAGCACUGAACGUUUGGCGAUUUUGGAACAAGUUGCACCGUUAUCAGAACAUUUCGCUGAUGCAAAUGAAGAGUUGGAACGUUGGUUGUCAGAUACUGAGCGUGAAAUAUCUCUUUUGACAGCACCAGGUGUAAGAGCUGACAUCAUCAUCCAACAGCGAGAGAAGAAUGAACGUUUAAUGCAGACUGUUGUUAAUCACAAGCCUUUGAUUGAUAAAUUCAACAAGACUGGUGAUGCUUUUGCUGCACUUGUAACACGACAAGAUGCUGCACAUAUUCACGAUAUUGUUGAAGGAGUAAAUUCACGAUACAAUGCAUUGAAAGUUGAGUUGAGAGAUCGUCAAUUGGCUUUAGAAAAAGCUCUUCAGGAAACAUCACAAUUUGCUGACAGACUUGAAAACAUGUUGAGAAGUCUUGCAAAUGCUGCUGAUCAAGUUAAAAAUAAUGAACCAGCUUCAGCUCAUCCACCAAAGAUUACAAAUCAAAUUGAUGAGAACUGGGCAGUUGCUGAAGAUUUAGAGAAGCGUGAACCAACUUAUGUGUCAAUUGUUCAAGCUGCUGAUGACAUCAUUGCGAAAGCAACAAAUCCAAGCGAUCCGGCAGUUCGUGAGAUCAAAAUGAAGCUUGAAAAACUCAACGUUUUGUGGGUUGAUGUUCAAAAAGAAGUGAAAAUCCGUGACAGUACGCUUAACGACACUUUAGCAGCUGCUGAGAAAUUCUGGAAUGAACUUGAAUUGGUGAUGGGCAAAUUGCGAGAUCUUAAAGAUACUUUGACAAAUCAAGAACCAGUUGCCACUGAACCAAAUGCAAUUCAAAGACAACAAAAUGAAUUGCAAGAAGUUGGACAAGAAAUUAAACUGACGAAACCGGAAGUUGACAAAGUUCGACUUAAUGGUUCGAAUUUGAUUGUGUUGGUCAGCGAUGCUGAUAAGCCUGAGAUUAAGAAGCAUAUUGAAGAUUUAGAUGUUGCUUGGGGUAACAUCACUUCGCUUUAUGCACAACGUGAAGAAAAUCUCAUUCAAGCGAUGGAGAAAGCAAUGCAAUUCCAUGACAACUUGCAAGGUCUCUUGAGAUUCCUCGAUGAAGCUGAGGAACAUGUGAGAAAUCUUAAGCCAAUUGGCUCAGAGAUCAGCAUUGUCAAACGUCAGAUUGAAGAUCAUAAGAAGUUCAAAGAUCGCGUUGAUCCACAUGGUGUUGAAGUUGAAGCUUUGAAUCGUCAACUUAAUGAGUUGAGUGAGAUAACUUCAGUCGAUCAAACGUCAGCUAUAAGAAGUGGAGUUAAUGGAAUUAACAAGCGAUGGGAAGCAUUAAAUCGAACAAUGAACGAUCGUCAGAAACAACUUGAAAACGCUCUUCUACAACUUGGACAAUUUGAACAUGCACUUAAUGAACUUUUGAUUUGGAUUAAGAAGACACAAGCAACGUUUGAUCAAAUAAAAAUUGUUCCAGGUGAUGUCAAACUUCUUGAGAUUGAAAUGGCGAAAUUGAAGAUCCUGAUCAAUGACACACAAGCACAUCAAAAUUCGGUUGACACGAUAAAUGAUGCUGGAAGGAAACUUCUUGACAAUGACAGUAUUGUUGAUGCAUCAGCAACACGAGAUAAGUUGGAUAAUCUUAAUCGUUUGUGGCAAGAAUUACAACGUGGCAUUACAUCGAAGGAACGUGAGCUUGAAAAUGAACUUGCAGAAGCUCAAAACUUUGCCACUGAAAUGCAAGAUACGUUGACAUGGUUGAUUGACGUUGAUGGAAUUGUUGGAUCAACGAAACCUGUUGGAGGCUUGCCAGAAACAGCAACAGAACAACUUGAAAAGUUUAUGGAAGUUUACAAUGAAAUUGAAGAAAAUCGUUCGAAAGUUGACGACAUUUUGGCACAAGGUGACAAUUAUGUGAAGAAACAUUCGGAACUCAACGUCACAUCAAGUAAUCUUCAACAUUCUUUGAGAACAUUAAAACAAAGAUGGGAAUCGGUUGUCGCACGAGCAGCUGAUAAGAAAAUCAAACUUGAAAUCGCUUUGAAAGAAGCAACAGAUUUCCAUGAAUCAUUACAGGCAUUCAUUGAAUGGUUGACUGAUGCUGAAAAGCGUCUCGCUAGUGCCGAACCAAUCUCAAGAGUUCUUAACACGGUUCAACGACAAGUUGAUGAUCACAAGAGCUUCCAGAAAGAAAUUGGCACUUAUCGUGAAUCGAUGUUACAAUUAGACAAGAAAGGUUCUCAUUUGAAAUAUUUCUCUCAAAAACAAGACGUGAUUUUGAUUAAGAAUCUUCUUGUUUCUGUUCAACAUCGAUGGGAACGUGUUGUUUCGAAAGGAACUGAAAGAAUGCGUGCACUUGAUCAUGGAUAUAAAGAAUCGAAAGAGUUCUAUGACUCAUGGAAUUCACUCAUCAAUUGGCUUCGUGACAAUGAAAAACAACUCAAUAAGAUUGAACACGAUCUUAAUGGAAGCAACGACCCAGCUAAAGUCAGAUUUGCUUUGGAACAAACGCAAAAUAUCCAUCGUGGAUUGUCAGCGAAGCAAGGUGAAUAUGACUCUGUGUUGAGAAAUGGUCGAAGCCUUAUUGAUCGUGCACCGAAAGUUGAUGAACCUGAAUUGACUCAAAUGUUGAAUGAGUUGAAGGAACUUUGGACGAAGAAUUGUUCAAGAAGCAUUGAACGACAACGAAAACUUGAAGAAGCUUUGUUGUUAACUGGUCAGUUCUCAGAAGCUUUGACUGCCAUUCUCGCUUGGUUACAAAAAGCGAAAAAUACUUUGACAGACCAAACACCUUGUCAUGGCGACAUUGACACCGUCACUGGCUUAGUUGACAAACAUAAACGAUUUGAAGCUGAUCUUCAAAAACGAUCGAAGCAAAUCGAAAAUGUUCUCAAAAAUGGAAGAAAUUUGGAUGUUUCAAACACAGCACCGGAGAUCAUCAACAACUUGAGAGAAGUUGAAGAACUUUGGAGUUAUGUUCAAAACUUGAAUGCUCAAAAGAAUGAAGAACUUAACAACGCAUUAAUUGAAGCUGAAAAACUUCAUAAAUCUGUCAAUAUUCUUAUGGAAUGGCUUUCAGAUGCUGAACAGAAACUCAAAUAUGCUCCAGCAAUUCCAGCAGAUGAAGAUCAAGCAAGAGAAAUGUUAAAAGAUUUCAGCAAAUUCCUUUACGAGCUUCGUGAGAAAGAAUUCGAAAAGAAUGAAACACUUUCACUUGCGAAUAAUAUUUUGAAGCAAGCUCAUCCUGAUGCAAUUAAAAUCUUACGAACAAUCAUUCAGACAAUCACACAACGUUGGGAAGAAAUUACACAAUGGGCCUUGAAUCGAGAACAGAAGCUUUCUGGUCAUUUGCAGUCAUUGAAGGAUAUGGAUGGAACAAUUGAUGACCUUCUUGCAUGGCUGAAUGGAUUAGAAAAUACAUUAAGGAAAUUGGAAGCUGAAGAACUUCCAAAUGACGUGACAAUUAUCGAGCAGUUGAUUGAAGAACAUAAAGAAUUCAUGGAGAAUACAGCAAGUCGACAAUCAGACAUUGACAUGAUUUGCAAACCAAGCAAAGCGAAACCUUCACUGAAAGAUGUUAAAAGACCAACCAAAACUGCAAUGCGAACAACCAGUCGCUUAUCACCGGCACACAUCACUGAAGCGAAGGGCGCAGCUGACAAUGGUUUGCCACAUUAUGGUCCGAAAUUCACAACGAGUGCCAUCAAUGAAACUGAAUUCCGUUCACCACGUGCAAAGAUCUUGUGGGAUAAAUGGCGCACUGUUUGGAUGUUAGCAUGGGAUCGUCAAAAGCGUCUCCAUGAACAUCUUUUGAUUCUUAGGGAACAAGCAAAGAUUCAGACAUUUGAUUGGGAUGAUUGGCGUAAACGUUUCCUUAAAUUCCAUAAUCAUAAACGAUCGCGAGUCGUUGAAUUUUUGAGAAAGAUUGAUAGAAAGCAGAAUGGAUUAGUUCCAAGAGAAGUUUUUGUAGAAGAGAUCAUUAAAUCAAAAGCACCAACAAAACGACAUGAAGUUAAUUCUGUUGCCGACAUGUUUGAUAAUGACGGAGUAAUUGAUUGGGAAGAAUUCCUAGUAGCUCUCAGACCUGAAUGGCAUCAAGAACCCAAACAAGAAGCUGAUGCUAUACAUGAUGAAGUCAGAAGAUUAGUCAUGUUAUGCACAUGUCGUCAAAAGUUUAGAGUCUUCCAAGUUGGCGAAGGCAAAUACAGAUUUGGUGCAGAACAAAAAUUACGUUUAGUAAGAAUUCUUAGAAGCACAGUAAUGGUCCGUGUUGGAGGCGGCUGGAUUGCACUCGACGAAUUUUUGAUGAAAAAUGAUCCAUGUCGAGCACGCGGCAAGACUAACACAGAACUUAGAGAAGAAUUUGUAUUAGCUGCUGGCGUUUCGCAAACCAUGCAAGCAUUCACAUCGCGACCAUCAAUAUCAAGUGCGAGUCCCUCAAGGGUAACGUCUGAAACUUUGGCUUUACUGCAGCCAAUCUUUGAUAGCAUCCGUGCUGACGGAAACGCAUUAUGUUCUUUUCCUUUAUCGUCAUCAAAUGUGACUUUUGGUGUUGUUGAUUCAUUUUUUGGUCGUACCAAUUUGCCACGAAUUUCAGUAUCUCCAUGUCAUUUGCAAACAACUCGCACUACGAAGUCACGAACGGGUUCUACCGCUGAUUCAGAUCACUCUGAUUCAGCUUCAAUGGGACGCCGUACACCAUCGAGAACAUAUACGACAACAUUAACGACAACAAAGACAUCGAUACCAGUACGUUCUAGUUUAACACCAAGCACAUCACGACCAACAUCACGUCAAGGGUCGACUUUGUCUCUGGCAAGUGACGAUGGAACACCAUCGAGAAUUCCAACGAGAAAAGUCGGAUCGACAUUCACAUCUUCAAGAACAACAACAUCAACCAGAGCACCAAUGUCUACUUCAUCGAUAAAGACAAAAGUUGUGACGAGGAAAACUGAAGAACGUCCUCCGUUCAAAUAAUUCCUCUCAAUCGAAUAAGAAAAGAUGUUAUGUGAAAGUAUUUCACUGGGACCAUAAAUCAUUACAUCACAUAGAACAGCAAAUGAUCACAUCACUUACAUAUUAAAUUUGAAGCAUCACUGGCAACUGUUAACUAAGUAGAAACUAACAAAAUCUUAGUCAUUUUAAGAUAAAUUUUCUAAAACAUUAACAUAGUCAUAAACUUUUAUUUUAUUCUACUAAUUUCUAGACUACAAUAAGCGAUAAAAAUCAAGCUUCAAGCUGCAGAGUUAAUUUUUUUCUUUUAAUUCUAAAAAGUAUUCAUUAAUCACUUUAUGUUCAUCAGUUGAUAAUAAAACUGACAAAGAAGACAAUUUUCUAAAUAUCUAAUAAUUGUUUUGAAAACAUUGUUGUUAAGCAUUUUUUUAAAGUGAAAUCACAUUUUGUAAUGCAAAUGAAUAGUCAAUAAAAAUUGUUAAGCAGAAUUAAUUUUUUGAAGAAAUUUUGUU